GAGGAGGAAGGUGCUCGCUCGCUCGCCCGCUCCCGCCGCCGCUCCGGCAUGAGCGCGGCUUUCCAGCCCUCGCUGAUGAUGAUGCAGCGCCCGCUGGGAAGCAGCACGGCCUUCAGCAUCGACUCGCUGAUCGGCAGCCCCCCUCCGCCCGCCCCCGGGCACUUCGUGUACACCGGCUACCCCAUGUUCAUGCCCUACCGGCCCGUGGUGCUGCCGCCGCCGCCGCCGCCGCCGCCCGCGCUGCCGCAGGGAGCGCUGCCCCCCGCGCUGCCCCCCGCGCACCCGCACCACCACCAGCUGCCCAGCCUGCCCUCCGGCUUCUGCUCCAGCCUGGCCCAGGGCAUGGCGCUCACCUCCACGCUCAUGGCCACGCUGCCCGGCACCUUCCCCGCCUCCCCGCAGCACCAGGAGGCCGCCAGGAAGUUCGCGCCCCCCGGGAACUUCGAGAAAGCCGAGGGGAUACCCCCGGACGGCGGCGGCGAGGAUGGGAAAGGCUUCCUGGGCAAGGACGGGGCGCUCCUGCCCUUCCCCGCCGCCGACGCCGUCCAGGCUUCCCUCGCCGGAGCUCUCCGGGGACAGGGCAAGGAGGAUCCCAAAGCGGAGGAGGACGCGAAAGGCAAGGAGGAAAGUUUCUCCAUGGACAGCGAUCUCGAUUAUAGCUCGGACGACAACAUCCCCGGCCAGGCGGCUCACAAGGAAGAGGACUCUGGCAACGCGCUGGAGGAAAACCCCCAGAACCCCCCCAAUUCCGCCAACACCACGUCCACGGGCAAAAACCGGCGGAGGCGAACAGCCUUCACCAGCGAGCAGCUGCUGGAGCUGGAGAAGGAGUUUCACUGCAAAAAGUACCUGUCCCUGACAGAGAGGUCCCAGAUCGCUCACGCCCUCAAACUCAGCGAGGUGCAGGUGAAAAUCUGGUUCCAGAACAGGCGGGCAAAAUGGAAACGGGUCAAGGCGGGCAACGCCAACUCCAAGACAGGGGAACCUUCCCGAAACCCCAAGAUCGUGGUGCCCAUCCCGGUGCACGUCAGCAGGUUCGCGAUCAGGAGUCAGCACCAGCAGCUGGAGCAAGCCCGACCCUGAUCUCUCCCUCCUCCUCCUCCUACGCUCACAGCCACAAGGGUUUUUUUUUUAAAAAAAAGGGAAAAAAGUUUCCGACCCGGGGUUUGAAGGCGACCCACCCGAAUAAAAACAGAAUGGAGAGAAGCAAAUAAAAAAAAAAAGAGAAACAAACCCCAAAACCCCCAGCAACGACAACCACGACAAAACGCACCACCAAAAAAACCCCACCAAACCUAAACCAACACGAAAAUCAAACAAAACCCCUGGCGAGCGCAUGGCAAAUCCCCACCACGAGCGAACUUUAAAGCGAAACUUUCCACUCGCCGCCGAGGGAAGAGGCUUGGAAACUGUUUGGGUUCGGAGCAGG